AUGAAGAACGCUGGCUCCAAUUUAUCAACUAAUGGUAAUGUUGGGAUGGGAAGCUUUGAUGUAGCCAAGAGGAAGCUUCCUCCAUCUCGUGGUAGUAAAGUUAAACCUUUAAGUUUGGAGGAAAGUAAGAGACUGAUUGCUUCUCAGGGAAGAGGAGGACAACUUUCAGCUUCAUCUAGCAUUAGGAGGAAACUAGUGGUAGUCAAAGUUUUGAAAAAUCAGAGGAAUUCACAGGAGAAGAAGAAGACCUUGAGUAUUGAAACUGUACCAAGAACAAAGACUCACAAACCAGCUCAAAACAGAGAUGAAAGACUGUCAAAUCAAACUGGUUUCAUCCCGGUUAUGCAACAAAACCAUAAAACCAAAGCUCUUAGCCCACGCGAGAAAGUUCUCAAGGUGUUGCGCAUUUUCAAAAAGGUGUAUGAAGAGCUGGAUCGAGACAAAGCAGCACGACGUGGAGAAUCAAAGACUGCCACGAGUCCGAUAGAUUACAAAACACGGGCUAUCCUCAUGAGCAGCGGGAUGCAAGUGAAUGCUGUGAAUAGGAUUGGAGCGGUCCCUGGAAUCGAAAUUGGAGAUGAGUUUCAGUACAAAGCAGAACUCAACUUGAUCGGUCUCCAUUUUGGCAUUAGGAGUGGUAUUGAUUAUAUUGAUACAGGAGGCUCGAUGCUAGCUACAAACAUUGUUUCAUCGGAAGGUAGUGGUUACGUGGAUAGAUUCGACUGUGAUGAGAUUAUAUACUCUGGCCAAGGAGGGGACGUGAGGGGCAAGGAUCAUAAUAAAGUAACCAAAGAUCAGAAACUUGUUACGGGCAAUUUGGCUCUGGUUAAUAGCAUGAAGUCAAAGACUCCAGUGAGAGUGAUUUAUGGCAAAAAGAGAGUGGACCAGAGGCAGAGAGGAAAAAGUUAUGUGUAUGUUGGGUUAUAUUUGGUUCAACAUUAUCGGCAAGUUAAAGGACCUAAAGGUAAUGUUUUGUUUCAGUUCACGCUCCGCAGAGUUUCUGGUCAGCCUUCAGUUGACCUGAGAGAUUAG